CGAAGAUCUAAACGAAGCAGCGUAUGACAAUUCUACGAUCGCGAACUUGACAACUCCAAAACAGCCAACACCAACGCAGCGCUACUCAGCUUCCUCCUGCCAACAUGGGGAACCAACUCAGCCAGAUGUUUCCGCCCGCGCCCUCGUUCACCGAGGAAUCGCUACCAGAUCUCAAAGGAAAAGACUACAUUGUGACAGGCGCCUCAGCAGGCGUAGGCAAAGAGCUCGCGCGGCUCCUCUACUCGCACAACGGCACCGUGUACGUGGCAGCACGGUCGUCUGAAAAAGCGCAGGCCGCCAUAACCUGGAUCCAAGGCCAACACCAGGACUCCAAGGGAACACUGCACUACCUGCACCUCGACCUCAACGACCUCGAAGGCAUCAAGCCAUCCGCCGAGUCCUUCCUAGCCAAGGAAUCGCGCCUCGACGUCCUAUUCAACAACGCAGGCGUCAUGGUGCCGCCAAAAGGCACAACGACAAAACAAGGCUACGAACUCCAGCUCGGCACCAAUUGCGUGGCUCCCUUCCUCUUUACCAAGCUGCUCACGCCGCUGCUGCUCGAGACGGCUAAGAAAGAAGCCAAGGGGAGUGUACGCGUCGUGUGGGUGUCGAGUUCAGCUGCGCACGUUGUCGCCCCGACCGGAGGCGUCGAUGUUCAGAAUCUGGAUUACAAAAAAGAUGCCAUGCAGCCGGUCAAGUAUGCGGUUAGUAAGGCGGGGAAUAUCCUGCAUGCCAUGGAGUAUCGGAGGAGGUAUGAGAGUGAGGGGUUGGUUAGUGUGUCGCUUAACCCCGGAAACCUGCGCUCAGAGCUCGUGCGCCACAUCCCCGCCUGGCAAUCCCUCUUCCUCAAGUUCCUGCUGCACGACCCCGUGUACGGCGCGUACACGGAGCUAUUCGCAGGACUCGCGCCACAGGCUGCGGCCCUCAAGCCCAACGAAUGGGUUAUCCCCUGGGGCCGCGUCACGCAGCUCCGAAAAGAUUAUUGGGCGCCCAAGGGCGAGGAGUCGGCAAAGGCGUUUUGGGACUGGAGUGAACAGCAGGUUGAGCGGUUUGCUUGAACGUUUGGAUGAUUGGGUGGGGGAAAGGGGACGUGGAGUUGCUGGGUACCACUGUGAGGAGUUUCCAUUGAAGACAGUACCACUUCUUCAUUUAUCUUACUUGAAGCUGUUACUUGAUGUCGUUGUCAUGUGUGUACAUACAUAAUUUAAGCUAUCAGGUAAGCACGCCAGGUGUUAGCCCCUCCACUAGACUGGUAGAGCGAUAGCACAUAGAUGCAAAGAUCUGUGUACUUUCU